AAUUCCUAUCGCAGAGCCGUCGCAGAGCCCUGGGCCAAGCAGACGACCGCACCGCUCGUUUUGCAAUCUUUUUAGACCCCUAUCUUAUCGCUCCUGAGGCUGCUCUGCCGCACGCCAGCGACGAUGCUCGCCCGCGCCGCAUGCGCAGCCCUGCGGCGACCGCUCCUCCGCCGCCUCUCGACGGCGCCCCCGCGCAAGCUCGACCGAGCAGCAAGAAGAGCGGCCCGCGAGAAAAAAGCCGACCCGACGACGAAGGACACGGGCACCACAACGAAGCUCUGGGUCUCGGUCGGCGGCACGACGGCCUUUUUGAGUGUAGGCAUCUAUUCGCUAAUGGCGGACCCGAACGAGUCGGAGCUCGCGAGAAGUGCGCAAUCUACAUCAGUAGGUAAGUGGCUCACGGCCAACGUCGGCGAGAUGGCCUCGACCUUCGUCAACCCUUGUCGGGAAAAACUCCUGCCGGACUGGCCCCCGGACUACUUAAAUUUGGAUUCGAACGUGCCCUGCCCCCACACGUUAGUUUUAGACUUAGAUGACACGUUGGUUCAUGCGUCCUGGGACCGCAAGUUCGGCUGGCGCCACGCCAAGAGGCCGGGCGUCGAGCAGUUUCUCAGAGAUAUGGCCAUGAAGUACGAGAUUGUGAUAUUUUCGUCGAAUAUUGCCGGAGUUGGGGAUCCCGUGGUCAACGCCUUGGACAGGGAGGGCUGCGCCAUGCAUCGGUUAUACAGGGAGUGCACGCACUUCAUCCGCGGCACACACGUCAAGGACCUGUCGAAGAUGAACCGGCCCUUGUCGAAGAUCGUCGUGCUCGACAAGGACCCCAAAGCCCUGCAGUUACAGCCCGGCCACGUCAUCAUCGUGCCGCCCUACACGGACGCGACGGACAAGUCCGAUUCAUAUCUCGAGGACAUCACGCCCUUUUUACAGGCUCUGGUGAACGAGGGAGUGAAAGACGUCCCCAUGGCUUUGGCCAGGUUUUCCUCGCACAACGCCUCGGAUAUUGCCAGAGAGUAUGCAGAAAUGCUGGAGACUGCGAAAACGAAGACCGAAGGCGUCCGUUCGCUAGGUUUAGGUGGCUUCGUACGAAGUUCGCAGAAGAUGCCCGAGCCCGAGCGCAAGGCUGGGAGCUUGUUGGCCGAGGCCGGUCUGACGGCGUCGGCCAUCGCCGGCGACGCGCCCGACGCGAGGCCCAAAAAGGGGCGCCUCUUCGGCUUCUGGGAGGCGCGCGCCAAGAAGGCUGAGGAGGACCAAAAAUUAAAGAUGGCGGCCUGGGACAAGGUCCUCCAGAAGCGCCAGCAGCAGAAGCGGCUCGCGGCGGAGCGGCUAGGUUGAUUCUCGUAACUCUUGCUUUGUUCU